AUGGAGCCUUUACUUGACGAGGAAGGAGAGGACGAGGAAGGAGAGGACGAGGAAGGAGAGAAUGAGGAAGGAGAGAACAAGGAAAGAACGAACGAACAAGGAAAGAACGAGGAAGAAAAGAAGUUGCUGCCAGCAGAAAAGAAACCCCAGCCUGAGGAUGAAGAAGGCAUUACGUUCAUACAAACGCUGACUCACCUCCUCAAAGGGAACAUUGGAACUGGACUUCUAGGACUGCCACUUGCAUUAAAAAAUGCAGGCCUCGUGCUUGGACCAAUCAGCCUUGUGUUUAUUGGAAUUGUAUCUGUUCACUGCAUGCACAUUUUGGUUCGAUGCAGCCAUAAUCUAUCUCAAAGAUUGAAAAAGCCUUCCCUAGGGUACAGUGACACAGUGAGCUAUGCGAUGGAAGUUGGUCCCUUCGACUCACUCCAGAAAAGACCCGCUUGGGGCAGGUGCAUUGUUGACUUCUUCUUGGUGAUUACGCAGCUGGGCUUCUGCAGCGUUUAUAUUGUAUUUUUAGCAGAAAAUAUAAAACAUGUUUUUGAAGGGUCCUCGGAACAUGAAUCAACAGUUGCGAAUGUCACUGGAACCAGCAGGCCGGUGGACAAAGAAUCCAUCGAUCUGCGGCUGUACAUGCUGUGUUUCCUUCCGUUUGUGAUCGUCUUGGUGUUCAUCCGCGACCUUCGGACCCUGUCUGUGCUUUCAUUCUUUGCGAAUAUAUCCAUGGCCGUCAGCCUUGUUGUUAUUUAUCAAUAUAUUAUUCAUGGUUUGAAAACUCUGCCUUCAAAGAAGCUGCCUCUAGCUGCGGAUUUGAAGAAGUAUCCACUUUUCUUUGGCACGGCUAUAUUUGCUUUCGAAGGAAUAGGAGUGGUGCUUCCACUUGAGAAUAGAAUGAAGGAUUCCAGUCGCUUCCCGCAGGCUCUGAAUAUCGGCAUGGGGGUCGUGAUGACCCUGUACAUCUCUCUAUCCACCCUGGGCUAUAUGCGCUUCGGGAAUGAAAUCAAAGGCAGCAUAACUCUGAACUUGCCACAGAAUAAAUGGCUCUACCAGCUGGUCAAGAUUCUCUACUCCUUUGGGAUUUUUGUGACCUAUGCAAUUCAGUUCUUCGUUCCAGCCGACAUAAUCAUUCCAGCUAUCACGUCAGGAGUACAGCAGAAGCGGAAAGUGUUCUAUGAGCUGAUAGUGAGGACGGUCCUGGUCUGUUCAACAUGUGCUGUGGCAAUUUUGAUCCCUCGCCUGGACCUGGUGAUCUCGUUAGUUGGCGCCGUGAGCAGUAGCACUCUGGCCUUGAUCUUGCCACCGGUGGUUGAGAUCCUCACGUUCUACAAGGACAAGGAAGACCUGGGGAUGGUGCUGAAAGAUGUCUUCAUCGCUUCCCUCGGCUUGAUGGGUUUCAUCACGGGCACUUACGUGACUAUUGAAGAAAUCCUCUGUCCAACCACGCCUUCUGCUAGUUCCAAAAUGGCUCCAGGCUGUUUGAAUGUUACGCACUUGGCCACGGGCUUAGAUUGA